GUAGUUUGACGUUUCAYACAUCAGAAGGCUUUUGGCUAGAAACUUGUGUUUAUUUUCUUUAGCGGACACCCAGUUAUCCUUGGUUCUAUCGUUAUUCUUGACAGGUACACAGUUGGAUAUAUACGUGGCUGUGUAAUACCGAAGAAAGUCUAAAACUUGUUACAAAACUGUCCCUUGGACGAUAAAUACACUAGCGUAGGGGCUAGUWACGUUAGUAGUUAGCCAAGUAUUUAGCUAAUUAGCUAGCUAGCAACAACAAGGAAAGAUGGGGUCGAUUCUUAGCCGGAGAAUCGCUGGCGUUGAGGAUAUUGAUAUCCAGGCGAAUUCUGCGUACAGAUUUCCACCGAAAUCGGGGAAUUACUUUGCCAGCCAUUUUUUCAUGGGAGGGGAGAAAUUUGACACUCCCCAUCCAGAGGGUUACCUAUUUGGAGARAACAUGGAUCUGAACUUCCUUGGAAAUAGGCCUGUACAAUUUCCGUACGUGACCCCGGCACCCCAUGAGCCUGUGAAGACCCUGAGAAGUCUGRUCAAUAUCAGAAAGGACUCCCUGCGCUUGGUCAGGUACAAAGAUGACACUGAUGCUCCAGUAGAGGAAGGAGGGAAGCCAAAGGUUCUGUAUGGUGUGGAGUUCACAUUUGACGCUGAUGCUCGUGUGGCUAUCACCCUGUAUUGCCAAGCUUUUGAGGAAUUCACCAAUGGGAUGGCAAUGUACAACCCAAAGGGCCCAGCCCUGGUUUCUGAGACUGUACACUAUAAGAGGGGUGUGAGCCAACAUUUCUCCCUGCCUUCUUUCAAAAUCGAUUUCACCGACUGGAAGGAGGAGGAUCUGAACUUUGAGCUGGACCGGGGUGUUUUCCCCAUGGUGAUCCAAGCUGUGGUGGAUGAAGGGGAUGAUUGCUUUGGACAUGCACAUGUGCUGCUGGCAGCCUUUGAGAGACAUGUGGAUGGCAGUUUCUCCGUCAAGCCUCUGAAGCAGAAGCAAAUUGUGGAUCGUGUGAGCUACCUGCUGCAGGAGAUCUAUGGAAUUGAAAACAAAAAUAACCAAGAGACCAAGCCAUCGGAGGAUGAGAACAGUGACAACAGCAAUGAGUGUGUUGUUUGUCUGUCAGACCUCCGAGACACCAUCAUUCUGCCCUGCAGACACCUGUGUCUCUGCAACUCCUGUGCUGACACCCUGCGUUACCAGGCCAACAACUGUCCUAUCUGCAGACUGCCCUUCCGAGCCUUGCUGCAGAUCAGAGCUGUGAGGAAGAAGCCUGGGCCGCUGUCYCCUGUGUCGUUCAGCCCUGUACUGGCUCAGACCAUGGACCAUGAUGAGCACUCGAGCUCAGACUCGGUUCCCCCAGGCUUUGAGCCCAUCUCUCUGCUGGAGGCCCUGAACGGCCUGCACUCUGUGUCCCCCUCCAUCCCCCCCGCCCCCCUCUACGAUGAUAUUAACUUCUCUGGGAGCCUGGUAGGGGAGGGUCGGCCGCUGGGCUCCCCAGAACACUCCGGUGACGGGGGCCUGCAGAAGGGCAAAGUCAGCAAGUCACCUGACAGCACCCUGAGGUCGCCCUCAUCACCCAUCCAGGAGGAGGAUGAGGAGAAGCUGUCUGAGAUGUCGGACGCCCAGCCUCACACACUGCUCUCCAGCAGCCCAGCUCCCACCGAGGCCACUGCAGCCGAGGAUGUACCGGAGUCCAUCUCCCCAGAUGAUGAGGACAGGCUGCACUCUGGAGGAGAGAGAGAGAUCCUUCAGGACUACAGCAGUGAACACAGCAGCCUGACCAAAACAGAGAGUGACCCGCCAGGGGACCUGUCUCUGCCAGGCUUUCCACGGUCAUCAGAGAGCCUGAAGAGUCAGAGUACCAACUGCUCCAGCCAGCCCCUCCUGUGUCCCCCCAGCAGCCUUCACAUGGAGGAUGAGCAACUUGACCCCUAACCUCUGGGCCCAACGCUUCUCCCUCUCUGGCGGAGUCCCAAUUCACUUUCUCGCAUGGAUUUAACAAUGGUGGRAACUCCCUCCAGUCAAUAAUUACACCAAUCCAAUGCUUUUAAAUCCAUGACGGGGAGUGUGAAAGUGCACAUUUAGCCUACAAUAUGAAUAAUUGGGACUUWGCCAUGGUCUCCUCCCAAACCCAUCCCUCCCCCAUGAUCCAGUCCCCUUGGGCCUUGUAGAAGACCACUCUCCUACUUUGGUCACCGAUUCAUGCCAUAACUGGCAUUGAUUCAAAAUGUGUUUGUGGUGGUCAUUGCAAGGAUUUACUAAAACCAUACUAUACCUUAACAAAAAAACAACAAGUCCGUAAUUAGAUUGCUUUGCAUACAUACAUUUAGGAGUGUGUAAUUGUUUAUCCAUUCUGGAUGGGGAUGUGGUGCAGUGGCGGACAUUGCAUGAUUCCAGUGGUUGAGUAUGACUACCAUCAUAUGGUGGUACUAGAAGCACACUCACUUUCAGUUUACUCUACUCAAAUUACUGCUUGACACUAAUUGUUUUAAAGAGCAUUAAUACCAUUCAUGUUGUAUUCAUCUAAACUAAUAACUUUUUUUAACUGUUAUUUCUUGGUGCUUGUAUGAUAUGAAACGUUUUUGAAAACAAACUUUGAAACAUUUCAGUGAUUUUUGACAUGAUUAAACAUGACAUAAUUUAA